GGGGAGUGUUGUCCUGGGCUACACGGAAGCGGAGCUGUGCAGGAGAGGCUCCGGGUACCAGUUUGUGCACCCGGCCGACAUGAUGUACUGUGCAGAGAACCACGUAAGAAGGGGCAAGCCCGACUGCAUCAUCGCCCGGCAGCGAGCCCUGUCGAAUGAAGAAGGGGAGGAACAUCUGCGGAAGAGAAGCCUGCAGCUGCCUUUUAGCUUUGCCACUGGGGAAGCAGUGUUGUACGGGAAUGACCUUCCUGAGUUCCUGGAUUGCUCCCAGGCGAAGGAGGAGCUGCAGACACAAGCAAACACCCACUCAAAGCAGCACUCAGUAGACCCCAACUCUCUUCUUGGGGCCAUGAUGAGGCAGGAUGCAUCCAUAUACACCUCCCAUGCUGAUAACAUGCCUCAGUUCUCCUUGUCACAUCUCAUCACUGAGCCUGAUGGACCGAGCCAGAGCGAGGAAGUUGUCAAUGCCAAGGAGGACAGCAAUUCCCUCCUAGGUGUUAUUGAAACCCUCUUUGAGAAGAGCAAGUUGGAUGGAAACAUCUGCCAGACCCUCCAGAGCUUCAACAUGGACAAUGCAGAGCUGCAGCGACAGGAGGAGGCUCUGCUCAGUUUGGGUGCAGAGCAAGAGCUGCCAGCUCAGGAGGCUGGUGAGACACUAGGCACCGAGGUGACAUCCUAUGUGGAGCAGAUCCUCCUCAGGGAGGAUGCUGGGAAGAGCAUGGACUUCCUGCAGUGCAGUGCAUCACCCUGCCAUGAGGAAUAUGGUCCUGCAGCUCAUUUCCACCACUGCUGGGCAACUAAUUCAGCAUUUCAAGCCCCAGCACAGCCCCAGGCACUGGGUGCACAAGGCCAAGAUGCUGUGGUGUCUCUAGUCAACGUUACAUCCGAGGUCAGCUCUGCUCAACCAGAACAGCAAGUCCCAUUUAACCCAGCCAGGCUGGUGGGAGGAACUGUUCUGGAUGUCCUGGUCUCCAGCACCAAGCCUUCUGUAGCACUUCAGCUGGCAAACCCAGGACAAGUGCUUCAAGCAGAGGUUACCUCCUCUGCUCCUGUGGAUAACGCUGUUCCUGAUGAUCAGAGCCAGCCUGGGUGUCACCUGGUGGGCUCCAGCUACCCACCUCCGUUGCACUCAAAUGCUCUAGUGACUCAGUGGCACAAUGUCCUGGUGCAGGCAAACCCAGCCAAUGCUUUGAGUCAGAGUGAUUCUCCUGGAGGUUGCUCACCAGAGGCUUGGAUGACCACAGCUCAGAAAGAGCUGGAAGCAGCAGGAACACAGCUGGAGUCACAAGCUCUGCUGGCCAGCAGCCCUGAGAGCCUCUCGGGGACUGGGCUGUGGUUGCUGCCCUCCCAGUCUCCUCCUUGCCCUGCACAGAGCUUGCAUGAGUCCUUGUUCUCCAUGGCUGGGGACCUCUGUGGUGAGGAGGCUGCUCUCCCUGCACGACCAUCAGCACCCUUAGGAGUCAGCCAGCUGCCAGGGCGUGGUGGCUUCUCCAAAGAGCCCCCCAUACUCCCCCCAGAGCCCAGAUUUUCUUGGGAAGGGGAACAGGACAAGUGGUUCAGGCAGUGCCAGCCCUGGUUCCUGCAAGCUGGGGCAGCUCCUCGGAGAUGCGGUGGGGCAGGUCUGGUGCAACACAAUGGGCUCUUAGUGGGGUCCAGCGCAGAUCCCAGCACCCCUGAGAUGGACCACGUGUUACUGCCUGAGGGCCAGUACAGAAACCACCUUUUUGGACAUGAGAGUGCAUUUCUGAGAGAUGUCCAAAAUAUCCCUUCACCAAGAGUUGGGUGCUUUGCCUUGUCCCACUGA